AUUGGAUAAUACACCUCACCAUGUUACAAAAGUUGACUGAACCAAAUAUGUUUUGACUUUUGAGUUCUCUAAUCUCACACUCACGAAAACAGACUGAAAGGCGAAUGAAUUCACAACAUUAUAAUUCUGCAACAAAAGGAAUGCCCAUUUUAAUCCUACUAAUUAUUAUCAUUGGUGCAAAUACAGUACCAGCUUCUGCAAAAUCCACCGAUGUAACGGAGUUGCAGAUCGGCGUCAAACAUAAGCCAGCAUCUUGUGAGAUGCAAGCACACAAAGGGGACAAAAUUAAAGUUCAUUAUCGGGGAAAACUCACUGAUGGCACUGUUUUCGAUUCCAGCUUUGAAAGGGGAACCCCAUUCGAAUUUGUGCUUGGCAGUGGUCAAGUGAUAAAAGGAUGGGACCAGGGACUGUUGGGAAUGUGUGUCGGAGAGAAGCGUAAGCUGAAGAUACCUGCCAAAAUGGGUUACGGUGAUCAGGGCUCACCACCUAAAAUCCCAGGUGGAGCCACACUCAUAUUCGAUACCGAGCUUAUUUCAGUUAAUGGAAAAGGAUCAUCAGUUGGAGGAGUAAAUAACAAGAGUGAGCUAUGAUCUCCAGAAGCUCGCUGUCUAGAGUUAUAACAUGCACUUUCACCACUAGUCGUAAAAAAUACGGUAACAGUAGUUUAGAGUAAUUUACAUUUACAAACAAACGAAAGAUGAUGGUAUAAACUAAUGAAUUCCCAUUUAAUAUUGUAUACUCUUUGAUCGACUUGUAAACUUGUUAACAUUUGUGCAAAAUUAAUGUCCUAAAUUUGAACUA